AAAAAUAACAAAAACUAGUUCAACCUAGCAGUCAUUCCAUAGUAAGUGCGAAGCAAACGAUCAGCGGGAGAUUGUACAUAAGUAUUUCGUGAAAGACAUGGAAAACAAAAAUCUGGAGCUGGUUUGUUUAGGAUGUCGUGAUGACAAACAAAGUGUUGUACUACAGUGUUCAAGUAAACUGACCAAUCAUGGUCUUUGUGCAAAAUGCGUGAUACCAUGGGUACGAACAAAGACUGAAGACACUAACUCGUUCGAUUUCAAAUGUCCCUUAUUCGAGGAAUGCCAGUCAGAGAUUGAUCCUGACUUAACUUACGACAUCGCUUCCGCUUCCCAGAUGCCCGAAAAUUCACUAGAUGUCAACCAAUUAAGGAAAAUGGAGCUCAAUGCUGCACUAGGAAACGACACCAAGAUUUGCUGUCCAAAUUGUCCGUACUUUUACAUCAUCGACGACAACAGCGACAUGUUUUUCGAGCCCUUCGCGCAAUGUCCAAAGUGUAAAACAUCUUUUUGCCUGACCUGUAAUCAUACCCUUGGUCGUCAUGGCUACCGAGAUCACGUGUGUGCUGUCGACACUUGCAUCACUAACGAGAAAGUGCGACAUGAUCUGGAGGAGCUUCUAACUGACGCAGCAACUUUCCGAUGCAAAACUUGUGUGCCUAGCGCUCCCAUAACAAAACAAGAUGGAGACUGCAAUGUGAUAAAAUGUUCACAAUGCUCUAUAUUCUACUGUUAUAUCUGCAACAAAAAACUCGGUCCACGGAACAUGCGCGCACACGAAAAUUUCCCACAUCCGAAUGAAGGUAUCCCCACAGCUCCUGAAUGCUGGCUGUUUGACAUGAAUGAUGAUAACAAAAAUGUAGAUGAAGCGAUCAACCUAAGGAAAAUCUACAAAGCUAAAAUGUACUUUGAUUCGCUGGAGAUAGGACAGACUGAGAAAGAGGAGAUUAUUGCUGUCUGUGGUGAUUUGCUUGGUGAUCUAAAAGAUGUUAUUUUACAACAAUAUAACAAUUCUCGAAAAAACAAAUGUAAAAUUCAGUGAAAAUCCCCAGAAUUUUUUUAGAUACUAUAAAAUUAUAUAGAAUGCUCUUGGGAAGAUCCCAUUUGGAAUUUUGUAAAUACAGUUUUUCGCUUUUCGGUCAUGUUUCUUAUUCAAUUGGCUUCAUUAGCAAAAUAUUUACCAUUUCUUGAAGACAAGUCAAUCAAUCAUUUUUAUAAAUACAUUAUUUAUAUUUAAUUUAUGGUGGAAUUAAUGAGAAAAGUGCACUCAAAAGACAAAAUCAUUUAUCAGCAUAUAUAAGUAAUUGCCAUGCUAGUACUGAAACAUCGAAGAAAAUUCAGUUUUAGACUGUUAAACUUGGCGUAUUUUUUUCGAAACUGAAAAGAUCGGGACAUUCUCCUUCGACUUUGAGAAUCCAGAAUUAUAAUUCUUAAGCACAGGUUUUGAAAUUUUCAAUCAGAUUUAAUUUAGUUGUGUUUAAGUUGUAACCGUACAUUUUGAAUCGAGUUUUUUUUUUCCUUUUCAAAAUGCCAUGUAAAACAACUAAAGAAAGAUAUUUAUCAAUAUUAUCUAUGAAAUACCUAUAUUUCUCCAUUUCGUAAAACUGAUAUUUUCACUAGUGAAAAUAACAUGUUAUAACAUGAAAAUAACAUGUUAUGUUAAGUUAUGUUAUGUUAUAGUGAAAAUAACAUUCGAGGUUUUUCGCUAUCGCUCAAUAUAGUGGAAGUAAGAAAAAAGCUAUUUUACGACAUAAUUUGCUUUCAUAUACUACAAUUAUAUGAUAAAUAGAAUGUUACAUGUUCGCUUGGAGAUACGAAUUUUCUCUUCUCUACGCUCACUCAUGAGAGAUCUUUUCAACACUCGAAAAACAGUAUCUCCGCGCGGCCAUGUAAUAUCCUCUAUAUCUUCCUUAAUUUCAUUUCUAAUAAACAAUAUUGCAAAAAAAAGAUGUGUACAGAGUCUUGCCUUAAACUAAACCAUUAAACUCAGCUUUGAUCUUAGCUAUCAUAAA